AUGAUAACAGAAAAUGGAAUAAUAUUUUUAGGUACCGGUUCGUCUUCUUCCAUACCCAAAUUAUCUCAUGCCUUCAAAAACAUUUUAAAUACAAAUAACAAUGAAAUAAAAAUAGAGGAAUACGAAAAGAAUUUAUCUUCUGAAGAUUUUGAAUGUGUUGAUAAAUUUGUUGAAGAUAUAUCUUCUAAAGGAUUAGAAAGUAUAGACGAACUAAAUAAUUUAUAUUUAAAAAAAAUAUAUCCACAUGUUAAGGAUAUAAGAUGUUAUACUUGUUAUGAUGCUAUGAGUAAUAAUUCUAAAAAUAAAAGAAAUAAUAUUUCGAUACUUUUAAAAUCUAAUGAUUCUUAUGUUCUAAUUGAUGUUGGAAAGACAUUCAGAGACAGUAUAUUAAGGAAUAAAGACAAGAUUAAUUUUUACAAAAUUAACCUGCAUUCUGUUCUCAUAAGCCACAGCCAUACAGACGCCCUAAACGGUAUAGACGAUCUAAGGGAUUUACAAGAAUUUAAUAAAGUUCAAUAUGAUGACGUAUAUUAUUAUACUCCUAAAAAAAUUAUUGACGUUUAUGUUAAUGACGUGUCUUAUGAUCGAUUGAGAAGGGGAUAUGAUUAUCUAGUACAUAAGAGGACUGAAAAUAUUUUUUAUUCCAAAAUAGCGGCAUUGAAUAUUCAUGUUAUAAAAGACGACAAAUAUAAUAAAAUAUUAAGCGAGAAAACAACAUUAGAUGAUAUAAUAGAAUCUGAUGGUUCUCAAAUUAAGAAAGAAAACUGUAUAAAAAAUGUAGAGGAGGAAAUAUAUAAUAAACAUAAUAAAGCAUGUCAAACGAAUCAAUCCAAUUAUGAUGAUGGGAAAUAUAUAGAUAAUUGUAUAAAUAUACAUACAUAUAAAAAGAAAGAUGAAUAUGGUUUUAUAUAUACUCAAUUUGAUAAUGAUAAGAAUAUACGAUUCAUACCUUUUCAUCAUGGGAAGAAUUAUAUUUGUAUAGGUUAUAUUAUAGGAAAUACAAAUAAAUUAGUAUAUAUAUCUGAUUGUUCCAAGUUACCUAAUUAUAUAUUAGACUAUAUAAAAAAAAUGGGUUCAAUAGAUAUAUUAAUUAUAGAUGCACUCUUUUAUAAAAGAAAACAUUAUUCUCAUUUUUCAUUAUAUGAAAGUAUUAAUAUAGCUCUACAAAUUAAACCUAAACAGGUCUUCUUUAUUGGUAUGUCUUGUGAUAUUGAGCAUAACAUAACCAAUUUGUUCUUAGAAAAAUUAUCCGCCAAAUAUUCAGAUAUUACCUUCUCCUUGGCCCACGACGGAUUAUUUUUACCUUUCAAUUUUUAA